AUGGGUGUCGUCACCAGUGUGUUGGGAAUCAUCGGUUUCGCAAUCGGAAUCCCUAUCGGACUCAUCAUCGGAUUCUUCGCCUUGGUUUAUUCCCAGCCCACACACAGAGAGUAUCCACCAGCGAGGCCACUAGUCGAGAGUAGCAUCAGUGUCCUUCUUGAUCUUUUACCAGAUAUCCCAUUGUGGAUGAAGAAUCCAGACUAUGAAAGAGUGGACUGGUUUAACAGAUUUCUCUCGUACAUGUGGCCCUACCUUGAUAAGGCUAUUUGUGAGAUUAUUCAGAGCUCUGCACAACCCAUAUUUGCAGACUAUAUUGGGAAGUUCUGUGUAGAAUCCAUAGAGUUCGAAAAAUUGAGUCUUGGACCGCUUCCACCGACUAUUCAUGGUGUUAAGUUCUAUGAGACCAACGAGAAGGAACUUCUGUUUGAACCAUCAAUCAAGUGGGCAGGCAAUCCCAACAUUGUUUUGGUGCUAAAGCUUCUGUCUUUACGAAUCAAAGUUCAGCUCGUAGAUGUCCAAUUUUUUGCUACAGUGCGUGUAGCUCUGAAGCCUCUUCUACCGACCUUCCCAUGCUUCGGAGCUGUCGUAGUCUCAUUGAUGGAAAAGCCACAUGUUGAUUUUGGAUUGAAAGUGCUUGGUGGGGAUCUCAUGUCCAUACCGGGUCUCUACAGAUAUGUUCAGGAAACUAUUAAAAGGCAAGUUUCAAGCAUGUACCAUUGGCCUCAAGUGCUUGAGAUACCUAUUCUUGAUGCCUCAACAGGAUACGUGAAGAAGCCUGUAGGAUUACUACAUGUGAACAUCAUUCGAGCUCACAAUCUCCUCAAGAAGGAUUUGCUUGGAACAUCCGACCCUUAUGUCAAGCUUAGCUUGACCGGAGAGAAGCUUCCAGCUAAGAAAACCACCAUAAAGAAGAGGAACUUAAACCCUGAAUGGAAUGAACACUUCAAGCUCAUCGUCAAGGACCCAUUAACACAAGUCCUUCAACUAGAAGUCUUUGACUGGGACAAGGUUGGUGGGCACGACAGAUUAGGGAUGCAGAUGAUCCCCUUGCAGAAAGUUAACCCGGGGGAGAAGAAGGUGUUUAAUCUGGAUCUGAUCAAGAACUCAAAUGUUGUUAUGGAUCCACUGGACAAGAAACAGAGAGGCAAACUAGAGUUAGACAUCAGGUACGUGCCAUUCAGAGAAGAGAGCCUUAAGAGUAGAACAGAAAAUCAAGAUGAGUACCAGAGAAAAGAAAGCAGAAGCGAGAAACCAUCAGAGGACGAUGAUGACUUUCUCAGUGAGGCCGGUCUACUCACAGUUGUAAUCCAAUCUGCCAAAGAUGUCGAGGGAAAGAAGAAACACACAAACCCUUAUGCUUUUGUUCUCUUCAGAGGAGAAAAGAAGAGAACAAAGAUGUUGAAGAAGACAAGAGACCCGCUAUGGAACGAGGAAUUCGAGUUUACGCUGGAAGAGCCGCCAUUGAGAGAGAGUAUACGUGUUGAGGUCAUGAGCAAAGGAACUGGCUUUCACUUUCGUUCCAAGGAGAAACUAGGGCAUGUAGACAUAAAUCUUGGCGAUGUAGUCGAAAAUGGAAGGAUCAACCAGAAAUAUCAUCUUAUCAAUUCCAGAAACGGCGUUAUUCACAUUGAGAUCCGUUGGACUACUAGUUAA